GCCUUUUGUUCUCUCUCUCCAAAAAAAAAAAAAAACAUUAUUGCUGUUGGACUUCUUUUAAGGAAAUGAGUUGAGUUCAGCUGAGUUUGUCAGUUUGUCUUUCUCCAAGAAAUGGCGGUGGAGAGAGAAACCAGAAACAAUCUAGUUUUUGCUGUAAAUGGAGAGAGGUUUGAGCUCUCCACUGUUGACCCUUCAACUACUUUGCUUGAGUUCUUGCGUUCCAGAACUCGCUUCAAGAGUGUCAAGCUCAGCUGUGGUGAAGGUGGUUGUGGUGCUUGUGUUGUUUUACUGUCAAAGUAUGAUCCUGUGCUUGAUCAGGUUGAGGAUUUUACAGCAAGUUCAUGUCUUACUCUACUUUGCAGCAUAAAUGGAUAUUCUAUUACAACAACUGAAGGCCUUGGAAAUAGCAAAGAUGGGUUCCACCCAAUUCAUCAAAGGUUCGCUGGUUUCCAUGCUUCUCAAUGUGGGUUUUGUACUCCUGGAAUGUGUGUUUCACUCUUUGCAGCUCUGGUCAAUGCUGAAAAGGCCAAUCAAUCAGAGCCCUCUCCUGGAUUCUCCAAGCUGACAGUUUCUGAAGCUGAAAAGGCUAUUUCAGGAAACCUUUGUCGCUGUACUGGAUAUAGAUCAAUAGCUGAUGCCUGCAAGAGUUUUGCGGCUGAUGUUGAUGUGGAGGAUUUGGGGCUCAACACUUUUUGGAGAAAGGGAGAGAGUAAGGAAGUAAAGAUGAGUAGAUUACCUUUCUAUAACCGUAACAAAGAGAUUUGUACAUUUCCUGAGUUCCUGAAGAAGGAAAUCAGGUCUUCCAUGCUUUUGGAUUCUAAAGGAUUUUAUUGGUACAAUCCUGUUAGAGUCAAGGAACUUCAAAGCUUCUUGGAAUCUAAUGAGACCGAUGAUGGGAGCUUGAUUAAAUUAGUUGCUGGCAACACUGGAAUGGGUUAUUACAAGGAACUAGAACACUAUGACAGAUAUAUUGAUCUACGGUAUAUUCCUGAGCUCUCAUCGAUUCAAAGAGAUCCAAAAGGGAUUGAGAUUGGAGCAACCAUCACAAUCUCUAAAGCUAUUGAAGCUUUAAAGGAAGAAAACAAAGGUGAAUUUCACCCAAAGAGUGAGAUGGUGUUCAAAAAAAUUGCCAACCAUAUGGAGAAAAUUGCUUCAGGCUUCAUCCGGAAUACAGCUAGUAUAGGGGGAAACUUGAUGAUGGCACAAAGGAAGAAUUUUCCUUCUGAUAUUGCUACGAUUCUUGUUGCUGUGGGUUCAAUGGUAUAUAUAAUGACCGGUCCUACAUGUGAAAGGAUUAUGUUGGAGGAGUUUCUAGAAAGGCCUCCUUUGAGUUCCAAAACUUUACUUCUCAAUGUUAAAAUCCCAUCCUGGGAAUCAAUAAAAAAUAUUUCAUCUGAAACUGACACUAUGUUGCUCUUUGAAACCUAUCGAGCUGCACCACGACCUCUUGGAAAUGCAUUGCCCUAUUUAAAUGCUGCAUUCUUGGCUGAAGUUUCUCCAUGUAAAACUUCUGAUGGAAUCAUAGUAAAUAACUGUCAGCUAGCUUUUGGUGCUUAUGGGACUAAACAUGCAAUUAGAGCAAGACAGGUGGAGGAAUUUUUAGCUGGAAAAAUUUUAAGUUUAGAUGUUCUAUAUGAAGCUACCAAAUUAGUUAAAGCCAUUGUGGUACCUGAAGAUGGCACUUCCUAUCCUGCCUAUAGGUCAAGCUUGGCCAUAGGUUAUCUUUUUGAUUUCUUUAGCCCCUUAAUUGACAAUGGUGGUAAAAUUUCUAAUGUUUUGUUAGAAGGAUAUAUCAAGAAUGUUAAUGCUUACAAAAUAAACCAGAAUCAUGUUCAGCUAGCUCAUGAUAACCUCCCAAGUUUGCUAUCAUCCGGUAAGCAGGUGAUUGAAUUAAGUGAAGAGUAUCAUCCAGUUGGUGAGCCAAUUACAAAAUCUGGAGCUGCCAUCCAAGCUUCUGGUGAGGCUUUCUAUGUGGAUGACAUUCCUUCACCAGAAAAUUGCCUACAUGGAACAUUCAUUUAUAGCACAAAGCCUUUGGCAUGGGUAAAAGGUAUACAAUUCCAGCCUAAACCACUUCCAGAUGGAGUGGCUUCAAUUAUUACUUUUAAAGACAUCCCGAAAGGUGGAGAGAAUAUAGGAUCAAAAAACAUUUUUGGUGCUGAACCUUUAUUUGCUGAGGAGCUUACUCAGUGUGCCGGUCAGCGUCUUGCAUUUGUGGUUGCAGAUACACAGAAACAUGCAGAUAAAGCUAUAAAGUUCGCUGUGGUUGAUUAUGACUUGGAAAAUUUAGAACCUCCAAUUCUCUCUGUAGAAGAGGCUGUUAAGAGAUCUAGCCUUUUUGAGGUUCCUCCUAUGUUUUACCCAAAACAAGUUGGUGAUAUAUCGAAAGGAAUGGCUGAAGCUGAUCAUAAAAUUCUUUCUGCUGAGGUUAAACUUGGGUCACAAUACUAUUUCUAUAUGGAGUCGCAAGCUGCCCUUGCUAUACCAGAUGAAGACAACUGCAUGGUGGUUUAUAGUUCAAGUCAGGUCCCUGAGUGGACACACGUUGUGAUUGCAAGAUGUCUCGGUGUUCCUGAACAUAAUGUCCGCGUAAUUACGAGAAGGGUUGGGGGAGCAUUUGGUGGAAAGGCCAUCAAAGCCAUGCCUGUUGCUACAGCAUGUGCACUUGCAGCACACAAAUUGCGUCGCCCUGUCAGGAUAUAUCUUGAUCGCAAGACUGAUAUGAUAAUGGCAGGAGGAAGGCAUCCCAUGAAAAUAACUUACAGCGUAGGAUUCAAGUCUAAUGGGAAGAUUACAGCAUUACAACUUGAAAUAUUAAUUAAUGCUGGGUUGUCUCCAGAUAUAAGUCCAAUUAUGCCGCAUAACAUACUAGGUCCACUUAAAAAGUAUGACUGGGGUGCUUUAUCCUUUGAUAUAAAGGUAUGCAAAACAAAUCAUUCCAGUAAAUCUGCUAUGCGGGCACCUGGGGAAGUACAGGGAUCAUUUAUUGCUGAAGCUGUUAUUGAACACGUAGCAUCUACCCUUUCAAUGGAUGCUGAUUCUGUCAGAAGCAUAAAUCUCCACACAUACAACAGCCUUAACUUAUUCUAUGAGAGUAAUGCAGAUGAACCUCUCGAGUAUACUUUACCUUCUAUAUGGGAUAAGUUGGCCAUGUCAUCAAGCUUACACCAGAGAACUGAAAUGGUGAAAGAGUUUAAUAGGGACAAUAAAUGGAGGAAAAGGGGCAUUUCUCGUAUACCUAUUGUGCAUGAAUUUUCUGUAAGACCCACACCAGGAAAAGUAAGCAUUUUAAGUGAUGGGUCUAUUGUUGUUGAAGUCGGUGGGAUUGAGCUCGGCCAGGGGCUCUGGACAAAGGUAAAACAGAUGGCUGCAUUUGGUCUCAGUUCAAUCCAAUGUGAUGGAGUUGGAGAUCUGUCGGAUAAAGUACGGGUCAUUCAGUCUGAUAGCUUGAGUUUAAUUCAAGGGGGUUUUACUGCUGGGAGCACAACAUCUGAGUCAAGCUGUGAAGCAGUGAGGCUUUGCUGCAAUAUUUUGGUUGAAAGACUCAGGCCACUCAGGGAAAGGUUGCAGGAUCAAAUGGGUUCCAUUAAAUGGGAGAUGCUUAUUGAUCAGGCCUACAUGCUCUCUGUGAACUUAUCAGCAAGUUCUUUCUUUGUCCCUGACCUUACUUCCAUGCAAUAUCGAACCUAUGGUGCCGCAGUGAGUGAGGUGGAGGUGAAUAUUUUGACAGGAGAAACCACAAUUUUGCAAACUGAUAUUAUCUAUGAUUGUGGACAGAGUCUCAACCCUGCUGUGGAUUUAGGACAGAUUGAAGGAGCUUUUGUCCAAGGAGUUGGGUUUUUCAUGCUUGAGGAAUACCUGACAAAUUCAGAUGGAUUGGUGGUUGCGGAAGGUACAUGGACAUACAAGAUUCCUACACUUGACACAAUACCCAAACAAUUCAAUGUUGAAAUACAUAAAAGUGGACAUCAUCAAAAACGUGUUCUUUCUUCAAAAGCUUCUGGGGAGCCACCUUUAAUUUUAGCAGCUUCAGUUCACUGUGCUACUAGAGCAGCUAUUAAAGAAGCCAGAAAACAGCUUCUCUCUUGGAGUGGCAAAGAUGAGUGUAGUUCAACAUUCCAGUUGGAGGUUCCUGCUACGAUGCCUGUUGUGAAGGAGCACUGUGGACUGAAAAGUGUGGAGAGGUACUUGGAAUGGAGAAUGGGCAGAAAGUGAAGGAGCUCUAUGUGCUGGAAGAUGGAUGGAAUUCAUCAUUGCUGAAAAUAAGCUCACUUUUAUCAUUUGGUUGUAGCUUUUUUUUUUUUUUUGUACAUUUAUUUAAAAUAGAAAAAUAAAGAGAGAGUAGUCCUUAUAGAGACGAAAAUAUGGGGCAAAUAGAUAAUAAUCUCCAUGUUAUUACAUGGGGUAGCUAAUUUUUGUAAUAAAUCCUUGACCUUUUGUUAUAUUUUACCAUUUUAGUUGUUUUUUGCA